ACGCACUUAUUUCCAGCAAGCUACGCCUUUAAAUAUGCUACCAGUCCAGAAACAGAUGGAUUUUUAGUGGUAUUGCAGACCUCAAUGCGGACGGGACAAUUGCGGUGUCUGAUAUUGCAUUCCUUUGAUAGCCUACACCAUGAGAUCAACAGUCUAAACGUUAAUCUUUUCAUCGCUGCAUUUAAUAAAUCCAUCUGAUUAGUCCAUCAUGCCGGAGCAAAGCAACGACUAUCGCGUGGUGGUGUUUGGUGCCGGUGGUGUAGGAAAGAGCUCACUGGUGCUGCGCUUUGUCAAGGGAACCUUCCGCGAGAGCUACAUCCCCACCAUCGAAGAUACGUAUCGACAGGUGAUCAGCUGUGACAAAAGUAUCUGCACUCUCCAGAUCACAGACACCACCGGCAGCCACCAGUUCCCAGCCAUGCAGCGCCUGUCCAUCUCCAAGGGCCACGCCUUCAUCCUGGUUUACUCCAUCACCAGCCGUCAGUCAUUGGAGGAGCUCAAACCCAUCUUUGAGCAGGUGUGUCAGAUCAAGGGGGAUGUGGAGAGCAUCCCCAUCAUGCUGGUGGGCAACAAGUGUGAUGAGACAUCAGCGCGAGAGGUGGAAACAUUGGAUGGGGAGGCCAUGUCCAAGAAAUGGAAAUGUGCCUUCAUGGAAACAUCGGCCAAAACCAACCACAAUGUGAAGGAGCUGUUCCAGGAACUGCUCAACCUGGAAAAGCGAAGGACUGUUAGCCUCCAGAUCGAUGGUAAAAAGAACAAGCAGCAGAAACGUGCAGAGAAGCUCAAGGGCAAGUGUGUGGUCAUGUGAUGUGGACUUGAGGGACGUGAGGGAGGCACAGCAGAUGCCUCAAAGGGGGAAGAGGAAGGAAUCAGAGAGAUUUGAGUCUUCCUAGAAGGCGGACCAUGCAAGAAAAGAUACUCUUUCAUACUAGAGAACAUACAGUACCUGAACGUUUACACCCAAUGCAGAGUGCUUGGAAACGGAAAGGCAGGUGAUUUAAUCAAUCUUAUUAUCCAUAAUGUAGAAUGGGAGAGAUGUUGUGAAGGUUUAACCAUUAAGCUACUCAUAUAAACAAAGGUGCAUUGACUAAAUAUUACUAUUCCAAGCUUGCAACCGAGAGGAUUUUAAUGGAUUUAAGGAUUUUAACCUACUGCAGAAUUUCAAACGUUCAAGUCUCAACACUAAUAAGCAGCGCUUGACAACCUUCCCCCACCCUCCACCUAACCCCCUGAAGCGUACAGUGCAGGGCUACAGAGAGCCUGGGAGAUGCUUGGUUUCCAUGAAUGUCAUUAGAGACUGUUUAUCUCUGCAAACACAGUUGGACAAUUAGUUGUUUUUAAUAGUGGCAACAUGGGAGGGCACAUUUUAGAAUGCUUACCAAAUAUAUUUUUUACUCCCAAGAACUGUGCUACAUAGAAGCAAUACUUAUCAGAGCAGGUCUGUUACAGAGUUAAAUUUGGAAGCUGUUUAAACAGUUCAGUACUUACAAAAAAAGAGGAAAGGGUCAAUUUCUUUUCUUUCUUUUUUUAUAGCUUAGAAUUUUUUGUGAGAAUUAUAUUUUCUAUUUAUACUGAUAAUGUAAGUAUUCUUAAAUUCCUUAUCCAUCACAGGAAAUGUAUCAUCUUUAAGAAACUCAAAUUAUACGUCAAAAAGAAAAUGUAUGGCAAAAAUUAUUUACUUGGAAUUUAUGCCGCGCUUCUUACAUUUACAUUUAGUCAUUUAGCAGACGCUCUUAUCCAGAGCGACUUACAGUAAGUACAGGGACAUUCUCCCGAGGCAAGUAGGGUGAAGUGCCUUGCCCAAGGACACAACAUCAUUAUGCACGGCCGGAAACCGAACCAACAACCUUCUGAUUAAUAGCCCGACUCCCUAACCGCUCAGCCAUCUGACCCCUCUUAUAUUGCUUUCUGAGAAUGUAUGGUUUUCUGAUUUAAGUAAUAGCUUUAUAUUUGCCAGUUCAGAAAUAUAUUUUUUUUCAAUAUUUAUAGUGUUUAAGCCUAUUUGACAAAAAUAACUAGAAUGGAAAGUGCAAUAUAAACCCUAAAGAUAACAAGAUCAAGACAACAGAUGAUUCCUAACACUGGCACUGGCUUUGAUAAUAGAUGAAGUUUGCAGGUUGUAAAGCAGUCGCACUUGAUGUACAUUGUAAGCAAGGUAGCUGUUUUCAGAGAGUUCAGUAAGGAGAAAGAAUAUUAUCAUAUCGGUGUGGUUUGUGAGGUCACUUCCGGUUAGAAGUUUUGGGGGUUCAUUAAUGAUGUAUUUUUUACCAACACUAUGGAUUUAAUUCAUGGUAGACAAACUCACAGCAGAAAUCUACAUUUACACUAACAACGUUAGUCUUCUAGCUAGCCUUUACUUGCAUUCUCACAUGAUUGUCAUGUUACAGUAAAUAGGUGGAUACUGAAAAUAUAUCCCUCAUGUCUUAUUACAGUACAUGAAGAUAAACAUGUACAUCUCUUUUAUUUUAAAGCAUUUAACAUCUAUUCACCUGAGCAGAAUGAAGUGUAUGUGUACAUAUUUUCAGCAGCCCAUUAUGGGUCAUGUUUCAAUAAACAGUGCUGUCUGGCUUUAUAGUUAGCUUAUUUUACUGCACUAUUUGAGUAGAGAAACUGUAUUGAUUGUAUGCGAUCCCACAAUGAGCAGGUAAUGUGGACCAUUGACUACUAUUGUUAAGUUGAGAUAGAGAAGUUUAUGCAAAUAGUCUCAUCCAAAGUAACUAGGGAUCAGCUAUUUAAUAUGCUCUUUAAGUAAAUUAAAUGGUUUGUGAAAGUGUAACAUUGUCAGUAAAAUGGUGCGUUUUCUGGGGAUGUGCUUAAGGACAAGUGCUAAAGUAAUUAAACUCAAUUUCAGUUUAUUUCCAAGCCAAAAUCUCUGGAAUUUCAUAGUACAUAGUUUUAAUCCAAUGCCUGUAUAGAAAUCAUGUGUGCCUAUAUGUUUAUAUUGAAUUGUAGAUACUGCAUCACAAGAAUAAAGACUAUUAUGCAUUUAAUAAGACACUUGUCCUAUCAUUAAAUCUGUG